CGCAGGUAUAUCAGCAAAUGUUCAGGGCCAACAUCUACCAGAAGUUCUUGGAGGAACAGCACUUGGCUCGCGCUCCAGAUCCUUGCCUCUGGCUCGCAGCCCUUCAUCGAUUACGCUGACGACUUCUACCUCGGAAACGUCACUGUUGGAACUCCUCCCCAGACCACAACUCUGGUGCUCGACACCGGAUCAUCAAACCUCUGGGUAAUUGAUGCUGCCUGCAAGACUGCCGCUUGCAACGGACAGCCCAGCAGCGGAUACACCAAGCACAAGUUCGACACCACCAAAUCGUCCACCUUCACCAAGGAGACUCGCACCUUCUCCAUCCAGUACGGCUCAGGAUCCUGCAACGGAUACCUCGGAAUCGACGUCGUCGCCUUCGCAGGUCUGUCGAUCCCCAAGCAGGAGUUCGGUGUUGCCACUACCCUAGCUGAUGUGUUCGGUUACCAGCCAGUCGAUGGUAUCCUCGGACUCGGAUGGCCAGCACUUGCCGUCGACAAGGUCGUCCCACCCAUGCAGAACCUGCUCAGCAGCCUUGACCAGCCUUUGUUCACCGUCUGGUUGGACAGAAAACUGACCAUCAGCCAAGGAGGAAACGCCGGUCUCAUCACCUACGGAGCUAUCGACAAGGUCAACUGCCAAUCCCAGAUCAACUACGUGCCACUCUCAGCUGAGACCUACUGGCAAUUCCCCAUUGACUCUUUCACCAUUGGAAGCUUCUCUGAUACCAAGAAACAGCAGGUUAUCUCUGACACCGGUACAUCCUGGAUCGGAGCCCCCACCACCGUUGUCAGCGGUGUUGUCAAGCAGACUGGUGCCAAGUAUGACUUCUUGAACGAGCUCUACACCGUCGACUGCAGCACCCAGAAGACCCAGCCAGAUCUCGUCUUCACCAUCAAUGGAGUCAAAUACAACGUGCCCUCGGUUGAGUACGUCCUCGACCUUGGUCUCGGAAACGGAAAGUGCCUUUUAAAUCCUUCUUCGGCAUGGACUCUGGCGGUUUCGGCCCAUCCUGGAUUCUUGGUGACACCUGGAUCCGAACCUAUUGCAACAUCUACGAUAUCGGCCAGAAGCGAAUCGGUUUCGCUAAGGCCAACCACUCCGGAAUUUAAGAAGGAUGUCUAUUGUAAUAUAAAUAUAAAUAGUUGUAAACUAUAUCUCCUUUUCUGUGAUGGAAUAAUCGGAGACACUUCACAACGGAUU